GGACUUCCUGUACUCUGGGUUCCAGCAGUCUGCCGACAAAUGCAACGUGUGCGGACAUUUAAUCAUGGACAUGAUCCUGCAGGCGCUGGGAAAGUCUUACCACCCAGGCUGCUUCCGCUGCGCCAUCUGCAGUGAGAGUCUGGAUGGAGUGCCUUUCACUGUGGACACAGAGAACAAGAUCUACUGUGUGAAGGACUAUCACAGAGUUCUUGCACCUAAAUGUGCAGCAUGUAAUCAGCCGAUCCUGCCCUCUGAGGAAUCAGAUGAAACCAUUCGAGUUGUUUCCAUGGACAAGGACUACCACGUGGAGUGUUAUCACUGUGAGGGCUGUCAUGUGGAGCUGAAUGACGAGGAGGGUCACCGCUGCUAUCCUCUGGAUGGACACUUGCUCUGUCACGCGUGUCACCUCAAACACACAGACCCUGCCGCCUCACAGUCUACAGCACACAACUACCACAGUUAAGCGGUUGAUUGUGUACACUGCCUUAUGCUCGCAGAUCUCCCUCAGUAUUACUUAUUUAUCCAU